AUGAAGUCUUUUAUCAUCGCCAUCGUGGCAGUCUGCACUGGUCUCAUGCUGGUGACGGCUUCUUACGUGCCUGCCUCUCGAAUUCCUUCUCCUCUCGAAAACUACACCAUGACUGAUGUCUCGUGGGUGGUCGAAUCUAUCCCUGGCAAUGCAACGUCCACCGUGUACCUCAAUGGCAGUGUCCAGGAGAUCCUGAAGCAGCUCAUCGACAUCAAUUCCAACUACCCUGCUCUUCUCGACCAGUAUUGGGCUUCUAAAGCCUCUGUGGCACCUCUUGAUGGGUUUGCUUCUUUGAAAGCAAAGUCAGAAGAACCGAGGCUCUGCAGUUGGUGCGAUGUCUGUACUAGGCGGUGGAAGCCAGCCGCAUACAUGGUCACUCUCGACGGAAUCAGUUACCUUCGUAAUCUCACAGGCCAGCCUGGGAACAAACCUGGCCCGGGAUCCUGUGGCAGAAUCAGCUGCGAGUAG